AUCUUGAGACCAUUGACGAGAGUAACACGCUUCAGAUAUCCAGCUUUCAACGAACAUCGAAUCAUGCCAUUGAGACCAUUGCUAACCAUUAACAACUCCAUUGUGGAGUCCUUGAAGUCCAAUGAGGUUUUCGAAGACGUGCUGCCACAAUUCAACGUCAAAGGUUUACUACAAGUGAGUUUUGGUGGUGACAACGAGGUGACUCUCGGGAACACAUUGGCGGUUGCAGACACUCAGAAGAAGCCACAGUUUCAGUUUUUGGCCAACGUUGAUAAGGACGAAGUGAAUGCACUGGAUGAAGCCGAGGGUUCUCUGUUCACGCUUGUGCUCACAGAUCCCGAUGCUCCUUCGAGAACAGAUAAGAAGUGGUCUGAGUAUGCUCACUUCAUCACCACUGGGAUCACACUGCAGAGAACAGAGGGGGAAAGCUCCUCAUUUGUUGCAGAGCUGGAUCUCGGCUCUCAGGGGAAGGAGAUCUUGGAGUACAUGGGUCCUGGGCCUCCAAAGGGGACAGGAAAGCACAGAUAUGUCUUCAUCCUGUUCAAGCAGGCCAAAGGUGUUGAGCCAAAGCCUCCAGCAGAUCGUCCAAAUUGGGGAUAUGGAACGCCAGCAACAGGCAUCUUUAAAUAUGCAAAGGAGUACUCUCUGGAGCCUUGGGCUAUUAACUUCUUCUACGCUGAGAACAAGUCAUGAAUCACAUUACUUAUAUAGUACAUAAUAAUAAAACACAUACAUACGUUCCUGUUUUGUAGAUCUCUAGUUGUAUGUCCGAGUUUGUUGAUGGAGUUACUAAGAUUGGUGUUGUAGUUGUUGAUGUUGUUGUGGCUGCUGUUGUUGCUCCUGUGACCGCUGCUGCUGUUCUUGUCCUUGCUGCUGGUGUUGUUGAGUAUGUUGUUCAUAAUUGUAAUGUUGAUGGUAUUCUUGUGGUCUCUCGCUUUCAUAAUACUGCGACGACGAAGCUGCUGCUGAUACUGACCCUGAUACAGAGUUAUUCUUUUUCUGAUACGACGACUGAGCAGUCGAUUGCGGUUCCUCUCUGGGAACAAUAUCGAUUAGAAAGUC